AUGGCUUUAGUGAGGAAUAUAUUACGCCUAGUUUGUCGACAAAGUGUGCUCCAAUUAGCUUCCCCAGUACGGACAAAAUUUUCCUCACAUAUCGCCAGCAUAGCGAGCAAUUCAAUUCGCAAUUCGCCGUUCUGUACCACAGUUUCACCACCUGCUGAGAGUGCACAAAACAGCGACACAAAUGAACUAGGCCGGAUACAGGCGCGUAAGAUGAGUCUCAUAUUUACGUGCAAAGUGUGCAACCAUCGGAACAUGAAAACGAUAUCCAAACAAGCGUACGAAAAUGGCGUAGUAAUAGUGACGUGCGAUGGUUGCAGCAAUCACCACCUAAUAGCAGACAAUCUAAACUGGUUUACCGAUCUAAAUGGAAAGCGAAACAUUGAAGAGAUACUGGCCGAGAAGGGGGAGAAAAUCACCAAAAUUUUUGAAAAAUAG